CUGCGAUCUCAAUCGUCUCCAACCACGCAGGUGGUAGAGGAAGAUCCACAAGGCUAUGGCAGGGGUCCUGUUCAAGUGCCACCUGGCACUGAAGUACCACCUACAGCCUCAUGGAAUGUGGAGGAAGUUCCACACGGGCAAGGCACCGGCGCUCCUGUUCAAUUGCCGCCUGCGGUUGAAGAAGUGCCAGCCGCUGUGCCACCGAAUGUGGAGGUCAGCCCGACGAGUAAAUCGGGGCGCGGCAAUGGCAAAGGGAAGGGGAGGAGUGGUGCGAGGGAGGGAGAAAACACCAGCUCAAAGGAUGGCCAACUCCUUCUUGGCUCUCAUGGCCAGUGCAGAUGAUGUCCUGAAGCACGUUACGGGUUACGCAGCUGCUGCUGAAGCACCCUCAGCAGACCGCAGAAAUGCAAAAAACGCCCAGGCAGCUCCUGAAGCACCCUCGACAGACACCAACGGAGGCCAGGGCAGUGUGCGGUCGGGGGCACGAUGGACUGACGAGGAGGAGAGCGUCAUACUCAUCCAUGUCAAAGCUGAGUACGACAUAGAAAUGGAGCGGAAUCUGCGCAUCAGCAGGAAGAGUAAUCCCGAUCCCUCAGAAAUGGGACUGCAUCUCCCAGCGAUUGAAGGCGAGGGGCGUCGACAAGAAUUGCACAGACGCUAAGGCGUAAGUAUGAGGGCAUGUUACCUCGCUACAAGAGAGUUUCAUUCCAUAACUGCCACGUGUCCGGGUCCCAGAACGACUUUGAGAUGGACUCCAAGGAGAAAGAGAAAGGCAGGUUGGACUUCAGCAUCACUCGCCGGGCCAUGUUCGAUGCAUUUGAUAAAUGCUGUCACGACGA